UACUGUACUUGUCUUAAGAUGAGUAGAAGUACUUAUGGAUACGUAUUCCGACCUCAAGGCAAUCUUCAGGUAAACACCUGAAGAGCCAAGAUCUUCUAUUUCUUACAUUUUGUGUACACGUUCAAACGGCCAACAGAUGGUAAAACUGAUAGAAGCGCUACUGGUGGCCGAUCGACCACUUACAACAAGCCAUUGAAUCCACCAUUAGAAAUUGAACGAUGGCUGCUAGGAUCGUUUAAGUACAUUUAGUACGAGAAGCGAAAAAUGUCUCCCCCUUUUUUUCUGGUCCACAUUUUUUUUUACGGGGCUUGGAAAACACUGAAUUUGAUUGUCGCGAAGUUGAUAUCAUUAGAUAUCAUCAUUAACGUUAUCAGGAACAUUUGCUAUAUUUUGCUUUUCUCGUACGACAACAUUGUACUGAAAGGAAAUAUUUUCUCUCCAAUUACGAACGGAUAAUUCUUCAGCUCGGAAACGUCAACAUCAAGUCAAAAAUAUUUUUUAAAUUGUUUAGGUUGUUACAAAUAUGAACACCACCUCUACAUGUGAGGGGAAGCUUUUGCUACCUGUUGAUGAUGUUGGUUUGCGUAGUUGUGCUAUCGGAUUCGACAAACUAAUCGAUUGAGCCUUUGUUUAGAAAAUCAGAUAAGUCAUAUUGGAAAAAAAAUAAUUGAAGGUUGAUUCGAGUUUAAUUCAGGGACUGUCAUUGUGUCUCCUGAGCAUUAGACUGGACCAGGAUACAAAAAGUCGUCGGAUUCUACGGGGUACCCCCCAGGAUUUUGCCGUUGGGUAAGAAAAUCAUUCCCUAAAAAUUUCAGAAUGAUCGGUUGUUGCAUGAGCUUACGCAUUUGAUUUGAAAUUAAUAUGAGGGUUUUAGCAGAAACAACAUGGAAAAAUAAACCUGGGCCAGUCUACUGAUACACCCUAUUCUUUUUUUCACGGUUUUUUUCACGGAUUCUCGAAAUAACAUUUGGAUUUGGAGUUGUACAUGGAUUUAUUUUUACACGGAACGCGUCCCCCAAGACCUGGUCACAUUUUUACACGGAUAUUUUUUGCACGGAUUAUCGAAACAACACAGUUUUUUUUUACAUUAUGGCACUUUUUUUCACACAGCACGCAUACCCGUGUAAAAAAAAUCGGGUGUAGUGUCGAGCAAUUAAAAAAGAAGUAUAAAUUGUACUCAAAAGACAGAACGAAAAUGGUUUAAAAUCACAAAAGUCAGUGUACCAGAAAACCAGACCCAGAAAAAAACGCAGUGCACAACAAGCGGGAUGAAUCCGAAACAAACACGAAAAAUGAAAUGCUUAAUCCUUUCAAAGAUAACCUGCAAUCUAUAAUCGACGAUAAUAUUAUUUAUUUUAUGUGAGUUAAAAAUAUCGAUUAGCAGCAGCUGCAGUUCUAUGCAUAAUUGUACAAAAAUUACUUUUUUCAUGGUAUUUAACUAUAGCGAACUACAUUCAGUUGUUGAAGAACGAUAACGAUGUAAGUAUCGAAUAGCAUAGUUUAGUGCAUCGGAUAUCGACGAGAAACGCAAAACACCACAAAAGGGGGAUAAAUCAGGUUUAGAAAAGAAAUUUCUAACGGUGAUUAGGUGGAUACAUCAUCCGCUUAGACCACGAUAUCAGUUAUUGUUAAGAAUGAUUUAGUAGCUUAAAUACAGUACAUGCUUCAAGUUAAUGUGUUCGCGAUUUUGGGCCAUAUCAGUUCGAUUAGUUUGUUGCUGCUUUUAGCAAGUAAUGUUUCCACGCAAGAGAAAGAUUCUUACUGUUAUUAUAUUGUUUUCAAUCGUAAUCUUGUACGUAAAAUUUGAGAUGAUUGACAAUGGAAUAGUUGAUCGGAUUACAAAUCACGAAAAACUAAUUCUGCGAUUGAAGGCAGUCGGUGAAUUAACUACCAUUUCAGAGAGAUGGUCUACCACAGUUCAUAGGAAACGGAAGUACCGAGCAUGGAAAACAAGUGCAGGCAAUCCAAAUAUUUUCCGGAUGCCAGAUAUCGAAAGCUAUUCACGUGAACUGAAUCCAGAGAAGAACAUCUUCUUCAUAAUAUCUACAGUGAUAAAGGAUAAUAUAGCGAGGCUAACGGCUCGUCAGUCUUGUGCGAUAGAAUCCGCUGCCAGGGCUAAUGCUGAUUGGAGCGUUUUUGUGUUGUUCACAUCGGCUACCGUGUAUAGUUCUAUAUACAGCAGCCAUAUGGCACCGUUGCUUAUCUAUCCGAAUAUUCAUAUGAGACGUCUGAAUUUGUCAACGUUUGCUAUUGGGACUCCGUUGGAAAAGUUUUUCCAGGAUGGUAGGCUAAAGAACUCCACUCAUAUCGUAGAGCACACCUCCGAUGUCCUGCGGAUGCUCACAUUAUACAAAUACGGUGGAACGUAUCUAGAUUCUGAUGUGGUUGUGAUGAAAUCGCUGAAUGAGCUGCCACUCAACUACGUCGCUUCCGAAGGAGACGGCUACAUAGCGAACGGUGUGAUCAACCUGCAAGCUACAGGAUAUGGCCACAUGGUGGCAGAAGCGUUAUUGACUGACUUGGCGGAAAAUUUCAACGGAUUGGUUUGGGCAGCUAAUGGUCCUGAGCUGGUGACAAGAGUCAUGCGAAAGUUUUGCAACGUUACCGACGUGUGGGAUAUGACAAGAGAAACAUGUGGCGGACAGAUGAGUGUUUUGGAGCCUGAAACGUUCUUUCAAAUCACGUAUCCACAUCAUACGUGGUAUUUUGAAGAACAGCACACGGAGGAAGCCAUGGAGAAAGUGGCUGGCCGUAUUUUGACGCAUUUGUGGAAUAAACUGACCAGUGGAAUACAACUAAGGAAGGAUAGCCCAGUGGCUUAUAUAAAGUUGGCGAAAGCCUACUGUCCGUUUGUGAUAAAAAAUUGUGCAGAGUUUUUCUAGGAGCUAAUAAAACCGUGACAUAUUUUGUAGUUGGUGAGUGCGCGAUUUUUUAAAAUAAUAAUAACAUAGAAUUCAAGAUACACACGUAGUAUGUUUGUGGCUAAGUCUCUCAACCGAUUCUCAUAAAAUCUAAGCAACUUUGCCAAAAAACAGUAUGUUUUAUCGCCUUUAACUAUUUCAUAAAUAAAAAACAAUAACAUACUCAUCAUCAUUUCAAUGUUAUGUAAUUUCACUUUAGACACCCUUCAAUUCUCGUUUGUGCAUUGAGGUUUCCAAUGUUUCGAUUAACAAGCCAAAUUUGUAUGCUACCCUCGAUAUAGGCGAAAAUUCUUGAUAUGGCUUGCAGUGCCAAUCAUAAAAUAUUGCAUGUAACGCACCAAAUUAAUCGAUUCGAAAAAUGUUUUGUAUGAGAUCUUGAUCAAGCAUUUGCGGAAGUAAUUUGCUGGGUUGAUGUCAAGCGAUGUCACCACUUUAUCGUUCAUCAUCGCAUGCAUGGUAACAAUCUUUUCGAAACGGUUUGCUAAAAAUAAUUGGUGGAACAGAGGAAAAUUCUUCGCAUUAUGGACGACGUCUGACCGUCGUCAUCGAACAUUCCGAUGAUACAACUAGAUGAAUCCGCCUACCACCCUUGCGUCUGAGCGUGGUGGACGAAUGGUCCGUGUGAUGAAUGUUUGGUAUUUUCCGCUCGUCCGCAGUGCCCGACUGCGUUAAUAUUUCCACCUCAGACUUGACCACCAAAGGGAAGAAAGAAAAAAAUACGGAGCAUAGACAAUCGGCCAUCACCGACCGCUGAGAUUUUACGAGCACGAGGCGGUUAGAUCGGGAUGGAAAAUUAAAAUUUUGUGUUUUUCCACUUCAUGGUAUUCAACAGCUAUAGGUUCAGUGUUUUUGCUUUGUUUGCGUCGGUGGAGUGGAUAUGUUUGUGGAAUAUUACCAAGCAACUCGCUUCCCAAGGAUGUCAGGUGGAUUAAUGGUGUUGAUCGUUAUUUCAUUUUUAGGCAUUCCUUAACGAUGGAUUUACAUUGAUCGCAUCGACUAUUUAAAAACUUCAAAAAUAACUUUGGUUUAUAUAAGAAAAUUAUUUUGA